AUGUCGCGUGUUAAGAGAAUAGCCAAAGAGCUAGAAGAGUGUCGUCAAGACAAGCAGUCAGGAGUGACGCUUAUAUUAAACAAUGAUAAUGAUUUAACGCAUUUGACAGGGUAUUUCCAAGGACCGCCGGGAACACCGUAUCAAGGCGGUACAUUUCAGGUUGCGAUAGAUAUUCCCAAUGAGUACCCAUUUAAGCCGCCGCAGAUGAAGUUUACUACCAAAGUUUACCAUCCAAACAUUUCAUCGGUUACUGGGGCAAUAUGCCUCAAUAUUUUAAAGGAUAAAUGGACGCCAGUGUUAACCUUGAAGUCGACGUUGAUUUCAUUACAGCUCUUAUUGCAAUCACCGGAACCAAAUGACCCACAAGACGCCGAAGUUGCCAAGCACUACUUGAGCAAUAAGAAGGGGUUUGAAGAAACAGCAGCCUACUGGACUAAGCUAUAUGCCAAUAACGGCAACACCGACGAAAGUCUGGGUACACCUUUGGUGAGUGAUUCUGCAUUAUACGGAAUCGAUGAGGAAAUUGUAACUCAAUUUGAAAAUAUGGGUUUCCCUAGAGACAAAAUCAUUGAAGUUUUGAGAAGAAUGGGGGUAAAGAGCUUGAAAGGUGUAAAUAACAAGAGUGACUUGGAAAAUAAGAUUUUAGAAGAAUUAUUGAGAGAGUGUCAAUAA